AUGGCGCCUCCCGUAAUGCUCCGCGUCUGGGUUGUGCGGCAUGGUGAGACCGAUGAGAAUCAACAGGGUAUCGUCCAGGGACAAUUAGAUACGAAGCUCAAUGCUAAGGGCCGAGUACAAGCAUCCAGGACUGGGGAAGCGCUGGCUACUAUUCCUUUUAAGAAUGCAUACAGCAGUGAUCUUUCCCGAGCAGUUGAGGCACGUCUGACGGCGAAAGCCAUUCUCUCUCACCAUUCACAUGUAGACUUAAAGAUGGAUACUGCAUUACGAGAAAGAGACAUGGGUAUUCUGACGGGGAAGCUGUCUCGCGAAAUGUCUUCUGAUUGGCGUACGAAAGCGCGUGAAACCAUGGAGCCGCAUGCACAGUUUUUGCCCCGAACGCUGGCUUUUUGGCGCAAGCUUCUGAGCUUGUAUGGCUUACCCGACUCUCUCAUUCGACCAGAGCCGGAUGCGCCGUACGAUAUCCUAGUCGUUUCGCACGGCGCAUGGAUAGCCAUGUUACUCCGUAAUGCACUUGCGAGACAAGGCUACACAGAACAUGAGCGAGUGCCGGCCGCGAAUCGGGUUCAUAACUGCAGUGUUGCACUCGUCAGCGUAUACACGAACGGCUUAGGGCAAGUUGAGCUGUACGAUGAUUAUCGGCAUCUCGUAGGUGAGGAGAACGAAGGAAACGAGCCUUCUGAGAACACGGCGGAGUUGGCAGUCGAAGCUAAGAUGGUUGAAACUCCUUGA